AUGGGCUCAAGCACAACGAUUGUGAGGAUGGCACAGGACCAGGCAGUGUUUCAUUCUACUGUACGUAAGAUACAGAUCACCAGGCUUUUCUUCCGAAGCAAUACUGGGUGGAUUCAAACCGCCAACCUUCAGGCUGGUAGAGGAGCACAAUUUGCGCUACCCAGGGACCAUGAAUUAAGACACAGAGGACCUAAAAGAAAGAUUCAAGUAACCACCAGACAGGCGCACCCCUUCCCAAAAGUAGACGGCUGUGGGGCGGUCCUUGUCGAUCUAUGCGCCCAAGGGUCCUCCAAAGUGCUGGCAAGAGCAGUAAGCAGAGAGGGAAGCUGGGACAGCACUGAGAGGUUGCCGGGGCAGCGGCCGCCAGCUCUGGACCGAGGGCAGAGGAGAGGGGGUGCCGGGAGCCCCGGGGAAGCCCUGCCCCGAUGGCACGUAACAGAGCUGGUGCCAUACGUGCGCGGCCGCAGGGGCAGCUCGGGGCUCAGCAGGGCGGCGGCACUGGCGGGAAGAGAAACAGCAGAGGCCGGCGCAGCCAGCGGGAGCACGUGGGCCUGGGAGAAUGACGCCGACACCAGCCCUACCGAGCCACCCUCCACCUUGGGGCUGGGGGCCACCGCCAGCCCCGCCUCCCUGGCCAGAGAGCCCCUGGCGCGCAGGCGCUUUUGCGGCGCAGGCGCGGCGGGGCGGAGCCAGGAGCCGGAAGCGCCCCGUGCCAGGAACCGGAACUUCGCGGAGGUCAGGCGAAGGGACCGAGUUCCGCGUUGCUUGGCAACCGGUGUGCGAGCAGCGGGCCGGCUUUGUGCUCCCUGGAGCGAGCCGAGCAUAGCGCCCACCGCCUGCCCCGGCAGCCUCCCGCCCCGCCCGCCUCACUUCUUGCCGCCCCUGCUUGCGUCGCGGAAUUCCUGCCCCUGGCAUUACUUACACCUCUCCGGCUCUCACGACACCUUAGCGCCCACCUGUCUCAAGGCCAAGCUCCACCGAAAAGGAGGCGGCCCGAGGCCGGACGUGACCCUCUCGCUGACUGACCACAGCGCCCCGACCAUGGGCACCUACACCUACACCAGCCGGCCCCGGGCCCUGCCCUGCCAGCGCCGCCGUUACCGGGACAGCCUGUUGCAGCCAGAUGACGAACCUAUGCAUUUUGGAAACAUAAUGUAUGACAGAAGAGUGAUCCGAGGCAACACUUAUGCUCUACAGACAUUGCCGCUGGGUGGGCAGCCGGAUCCUGUCGAGCUUCAGAGGCAGCAGCAGGCUAAAAGGAGGGCCCUCGCCAGGAAGCGAGCCCAAGAACAGCUCCGACCACGCACUCCUGAACCUGUGGAAGGCAGAAAGCACGUGGAUGUGCAAACAGAACUAUACCUUGAAGAAAUUGCUGAUCGCAUAAUAGAAGUUGAUAUGGAAUGCCAGACAGAUGCGUUUUUGGACAGGCCACCAACACCACUCUUUAUUCCUGCCAAAACUGGCAAAGACGUGGCCACCCAAAUACUGGAGGGAGAGCUCUUCGACUUUGACCUUGAAGUGACACCAAUGCUAGAAGUUUUGGUAGGAAAGACCAUCGAGCAGUCUCUCCUGGAGGUAAUGGAAGAAGAGGAGCUGGCCAACCUGCGGGCCAAUCAGUAUGCAUAUGAAGAACUACGGAAUAUCGAACUUGCUGAAGUUCAGCGACUUGAAGAGCAGGAGAGACGACACCGAGAAGAAAAAGAACGUCGUAAGCAACAGCAGUGGGAAAUAGUACACAAGCAUAAGGAGACUGCACAAAAAAUUGCCGCUCGGGUCUUUGCUCAGCGUUUCCUGGCAGACCUUCUUCCAUCUGUGUUUGGUAGCCUCAGGGAUGGUGGCUACUUCUAUGAUCCCAUUGAAAGAGAUAUUGAGAUGGGAUUCCUUCCAUGGCUAAUGAAUGAAGUUGACAAAACCAUGGAACACAGCAUGGUGGGAAGAACAGUACUUGACAUGUUGAUCCGAGAGGUGGUUGAGAAGAGACUGGAUAUGUAUGAGCAUAAGAAGCACAAACGCCCAUCCCAGGGGCCCACAGAUGGGCAGGGCAGCUCUGGGGCCAUGCAAGGGUCGCUGGAGUACUAUGAGCUCCAGGGACCAAGUGCCUCGCAGACUCAGAGGGCCCCUGUAGGCAAAGACUCUCUGUCCAGAACAGCUUACGAAGGAAGGUACGUAGAGAGAGGGCUGUACCAAGACAAGAAAGUUUUAGAGGAAAGAGACUCCAUAGGGGAGCCAUGAAGCCCACCCUGGAGCCAAAUCAACGAUCCAAACAAUCAGGUAAUGAUAUGUGAGUCCCCUUGGCUUAUGGAAAUUAUGUUGUGUUUAGUCAGCAUGUCAUAUAUAAUGGACUGGGCAAGUCAGAUAUGAUGAAAUAAUAAAACUAAUAAAAAAAUGAAACUUAAAUAAAUACUUAUGAAUAAUAAAAUAUCCAGAGGCUAUAUUUUAACUUUAAUGAAAAUUAUGUUUAAUUAUUGGCUUCCUAUUGCUACCAUCUAUAACUUUUUUUUUAUAACUAGCAAAUAUAUUUUUCCUUAAUCCUUCUGACUUUGUGGGUUCUUUUCUAGUAAAUAUGAUAUUUAAUACAGUAAAACUUGCGAAAGCCGGAACCUGUAUAAGGCAGAAACCUAUCAGAGAAGGAAAACUCAAAUAUUUCCCACUAAAACAAGUUGUCUUAGUCAUCUAGGGCUGCUAUAACAGAAAUACCGUAAGUGGAUGGCUUUAACGGAGAGAA